CUGACACUCCGCAAUCAGACCUUUUACCAUUUACAUUACAGCGGUAUUUUAAGUGGCACUAAAGGGUGAAAAGUAGUUUUUGUCCAAGUUCUGCUUUCCUCUCAGUUAUUCAGUUUAGAUUUAACUGUGCGACUUGUCUUCUCGCAUAAGGCCAUGGGGAAAAGCUGCAGAGUUAGCAGGCUGUGCAUUCUGUCCGUGGUCUUAGCCCUAGUCUCCAUAGCAACCAUUGUCACGUUGUGGACUAUUGCCCUGACAGGAGAAGAUGAUAUCACAGCUCCUUGGGACAGCUAUCGUCUCGCCGAUGCUUUGGUCCCUGACCACUACAACAUCACCCUGUGGCCUCGUCUCAGCCCUGACCCAAACACUGGCCUCUACAUUUUUACAGGCCAAUGCACUAUGGAGUUUGAGUGUGUGAAAGAAACAAAUCUGAUCCUAAUCCACUCCAACAAACUCAAUUACACCAAGCUGGACAACAUGCACUUUGCCAGGCUCAUCGCUUCAGGCGGUCUGUCUGCUCCCAGUAUUAAGUCUACGUGGCUGCAGUCUGAGACCCAGUAUCUGGUUAUCCAGCUGAAUAGUAAAUUAACUCUGAAACACAAGUAUCAGCUGUACACUAAUUUUACUGGAGAACUAGCUGAUGACUUGGCUGGCUUUUACAGGAGUGAAUAUGAAGAAGAUGGUAUCCAAAAGAUUGUUGCCACUUCUCAGAUGCAUCCAACUCAUGCAAGAAAGACCUUUCCCUGUUUUGAUGAACCAGCCAUGAAAGCUGUUUUCUAUAUAACUCUAAUCCACCCCCCAGGAACUAUAGCCCUGUCCAAUGGCAUGGAAGGAGAUAUUGUUAACACCACUAUUGAUGGAGUAGCUGUGACAAAGACUACGUUUGAGCCUACCAGGAAAAUGUCCACCUAUCUUCUGGCCAUUGUCGUCUCUGACUAUUCACACCUCAAUGAUACACAAGGAGAAACUCUGAUCCGUAUCUGGGCUCGCAGGAAAGCCAUUGAGCAGGGACAGGCAAACUAUGCCCUCAAUGUAACUGGACCCAUACUGGACUUUUUCCAGUUGUACUAUAACAUCUCCUACCCUCUGAGCAAGUCAGAUCAAAUAGCCCUGCCAGACUUCUAUUUUGGUGCAAUGGAGAACUGGGGUUUGGUGACAUACAGAGAAACCAACCUUCUCUAUGACCCUGUAACCUCCUCCAACAGAAAUAAGGAGACCACUGUCACCAUCAUUGCUCAUGAACUAGCACACAUGUGGUUUGGUAACCUGGUAACUCUGCGCUGGUGGAAUGAGGUCUGGUUGAACGAGGGCUUUGCUUCAUAUGUGUCUUACCUGGGCGCAGAACACGCUGAGCCUGCAUGGAACUUGAAAGACAUGAUAAUACUUGAUGACGUCCACAGGGUGUUUGCAGUCGAUGCCAUGACCUCCUCUCAUCCUCUGUCUUCUAAAGAAGACAGUAUUAUCCUACCAGGCCAGAUUAGUGAGCAGUUUGAUGCCAUAUCUUACAGCAAGGGUGCAGCAGUGUUGAGGAUGCUGUCCGAUUUCCUCUCAGAACAAGUCUUUGUCCAGGGACUUAAUAGUUACCUCAAACACUUUGCCUACAGUAACACAGUGGGAGAUGACUUGUGGCACCAUCUACAAAUGGCAGUGAAAGCCAAUAAUGUGGCACUUCCUUGUCCAGUAUGUGAAAUCAUGAACCGCUGGGUGCUCCAGAUGGGGUUCCCCGUGGUUACCAUAGACACUACCACAGGAAAGGUAUCUCAGAAGCACUUUCUGCUGGAUCCAGAGUCUUCUGUCACAGUCGAAUCACCUUACAACUAUGAGUGGCUGAUUCCUGUUAGGUGGAUGAAGAGCGGUGAAUUCCAGAGAGAUAUCUGGUGGCUGAUGGAAAAAGAAGCGGUAAACUUGGAGAUGAGGAGAGGUGAUUUGUGGGUUCUGGCCAACAUCAAUAUAACCGGAUAUUACCGGGUAAACUAUGACCAUGGAAACUGGGAAAGCCUCUUUGCUCAGCUUAUUUUAGAGCACCAGGUUAUACCAGUGAUAAACAGAGCCCAGCUUAUGGAUGAUGCUUUCAAUUUAGCCAGAGCUCAGAUGGUCUCCACUACUCUUGCUUUGAACACAACCCUCUAUCUGUCUGUGGAGACAGAAUACAUUCCCUGGCAGUCUGCUCUGGAUAAUUUGGACUAUUAUUACCUCAUGCUGGACCGUACUGAAGUUUAUCAGCCUAUGCAGGACUACAUAAAAAAGCUGGUGACUCCACUCUUCCUGUACUUCAAAAACAUCACAUCCGACUGGACCCAUGUUCCUGAUAGACACACUGACCAGUAUAACCAGGUGAACGCCAUCCGCAUGGCCUGCAGGACUGGAGUAACAGAAUGCCAGAACCUGACCACCAAAUGGUUCAAACAAUGGAUGGAGACCCCUCAAACCAAUUUGAUUGAACCCAACCUGCGUUCAGCAGUGUACUGCAGUGCCAUGGCAGCAGGUGAUGAAGCCGAGUGGGAGUUUGGCUGGUCCCAGUUCAAAAAAGCUACUGUAGCCAGCGAGGCCAGCAAACUCAUGUCGGCACUGGCCUGUACCAGCAACACACAACUGCUGGAAAGGUAUCUGUCUUAUACCUUAAACUCAGCUAUGAUCCGUAAGCAGGAUGCUACCUCCGUCAUUACAUCUGUCGCCAGCAACAGAUUGGGACAGAGUCUGGCAUGGGACUUUGUCAGGGAACAGUGGGAAUACAUGUUCACACAAUAUGGGGUUGGCUCUUUCUCCUUUGCCUCUAUGAUAAGUGGGGUCACUGCAAGGUUCUCUACACCUGCUGAACUACAACAGCUGGUGGAGUUUAAGGAGAAGCACAAAGCAGCAGGGUUUGGAUCUGCCACACUGGCCGUGGAGCAGGCCUUGGAGAGGACCAGGGCUAACAUCAACUGGCUGCAGAAGAACAAACAGGAGAUCUUGGACUGGUUUAACAGUCAGACUAGACUUUAGAUUCAGAAAAAACACUGGCAUAGCCAAAAAAGCUGGAAGCUGUGUCUCAUCUCACAUAUAAAAGGUGUUUCAUGUUUUUUGUCCUGAACAAAACACAACAAUACUAAUGAGAAACCAGAUUAGAGGAAUUAUGUAGAAAAGAUAUAAA